AUGUAUGGUCCCGCCCCCCAUCGGCCUAAGAAGACCAACUUCCGACGAAGCCGUACUGGCUGUGAAUCAUGUCGUAGCAUUAAGAAGAAGUGUGAUGAAGGCAAACCGACAUGCCAACGCUGCGAGACAAAGGGAACAGUUUGCUCAUACGACAGCACCCCGUUGCAGUUCCGCGAUGCCAACGCUUGGGCGGCGCAAAAGGUCAAACAAGUCAGAGGCAACAGGGUUCAAGGUAUCUGUCCGCCAUUCACCCAGAAUCGAAUUUUCCCGAAUGAAAGCACUGGCGCAACUGGGCACCAGGUUGCAGACCCUGUCCUAGAAUCUCAGCCUGAGACUCGCCAGUCUGCACCAAAUCACGAUCUAGCCCAGAUGCCACAUCUCAACAGGUCUCAAUUGAAGGCUGUGAAGAAGACCGAUAAGCAGUCAUCCCGAUACCUUGCACUUCAUCCGAGGCCAAGCCUCCUCGGGGGGUCCAAGGAGGAGUUAUACAUGACUCAUUUUGCCAUCCAUGUGUGCGACAUCCUACCAUCAAGCCUCGAGGCUGUGAGCUCUGCUGCCAAAGGAAAGACUGUUCUUCACAAUGCCGCUAUGGCUAUCGGAGCGGCCAAUUUGGCCAACUUACAGGGAGGCUACACCCGUCACAAAAGCACCGGGCUGCAGAUAUGGAUCCCCAAUCCUCGUCACAGGCUUGAUGCACUGAACUAUGCUGGAAAGGUAUUAUCAUUGGCAACAAGAGGCCCGAGUGUAGGAGUCGAUGUACUUGUGUCAGCCCACAUCCUACUAUCGUUCGUUGAGUUGGAACUGGGGACCUUUGACGGGCUACAUCGAUAUCUCGGCAUUCUGGACGAUCUCAUCUACAAGACAAAAGACAAGCUCCUUGGCUAUGAAAAGGGCCAGGAUUUGUUGGUUGCUGCAGUUAAUUCUCGCACUACACAGAGGUACAUAGUUGGACCUUGGAGCACCUCGACAGCUCCUUCAGAGAGAGAAACCUUUUGGCUUGGACUGGAACGUCAAGUGUUGUCUGACUCGGUCUCUUUCCAAAAAGCGGGCUCUGACGCAUACCUUCUUAUACAGCGCAUCUAUUUGAUCGUCACGAUGCAGCAUAACCGGAAAAGGCCAAGCCCCGUGAUGGAGGCCUUGAUCAAGCAAUUCUUGCCGCUCAUAGCACCCGACCUGGUGCCACGCCACGGCGAGCAACUAUCAGAGCUGACCCUCACACAAGCACACGAACGGUCAAUCGCAGAGAUCAGACACUUGUCGAGGUUGCUCUCAGUUUUGAAGCCUCCUUCGGAAUCUCUUUCCAAACCGGGCUAUUUUGCAGAGCCUGAGGCUAUUCGUUUCGAGAGUCACAAACGCGCAAUGCAUGCUGCAGAUUAUGUCUUCUUCCAGAUUCUAUGUGACGAAAAUCUGGUACGAAAUCGCGCUCAACCGCUAGGGCCCUGUACUCUGGCGAGCGAUGACUGGGUGAUUAAUGACCAGGCGUCACAUUGGCUUCAAAUCCUGAUGCGAAUCACCCGAGGGUUGGAUAUCGCCAAGUGUGCUCACCGAAACAUGUACCGGAGAGGCAUUUGCUCUAUACUUUUCCUAGUAGGGCUCCUGCGUCAAGAUAUGAACGUCUUUGAUCUUCUGGAAGAGGUCCUUGACAAGAUAUUGGCCCGAGGAAGCGGCUGGGAAGAUGCUACUUUCCCGACCCUUCUGGCACGACCCACGAUCCAGGUAGUUCGGGAUCAGCUGAAGCUGGGGAGGGUAAUUCUCUUGGCAUCGACAACGACCGAGGACUUUGACAAGUCUCGCACGAUUGUCUCUAAUCGAUUGGGGCAGGUCCUGUUGGUACACGGGAUCGAAGCCAACGGGGAGCUGUUUGACGACGCGGUGCCGUUGGGUGAUGAGUAG